UCUCUGGCUCGCGUCAUGGCUGCCGCCACCGCGCUGGAGGAGGCGGCGGCGCCCGUGGGCGCCCUGUGUGGCCUCGUGCAAGACUUCGUCAUGGGCCAGCAGGAGGGGCCCGCUGACCAGGUGGCUGCAGAUGUGAAAUCCGGUGGCUAUACAGUGUUACAAGUGGUAGAAGCCCUUGGGUCAUCUCUGGAAAAUCCAGAACCCCGAACUCGGGCACGAGGAAUCCAGCUUUUGUCACAGGUGCUGCUCCAGUGUCACUCCUUGCUCCUGGAGAAGGAAGUGGUACAUCUGAUCCUGUUCUAUGAGAACCGACUGAAGGACCAUCAUCUUGUGAUCCCAUCUGUCCUCCAGGGCCUGAGGGCACUGAGCAUGUCUGUGGCCCUGCCUCCUGGGCUGGCUGUCUCUGUACUUAAAGCCAUCUUCCAGGAGAUACAUGUACAGUCCCUGCUACAAGUAGAUCGCCAUACAGUAUUCAGUAUCAUCACUAACUUCAUGCGAUCACGGGAAGAAGAGUUGAAGGGCCUAGGAGCUGACUUCACAUUUGGCUUCAUCCAGGUGAUGGAUGGAGAAAAGGAUCCUCGUAAUCUUUUGGUGGCUUUCCGCAUUGUCCAUGACCUCAUCUCCAAGGACUACAGUCUGGGACCUUUUGUGGAAGAGUUAUUUGAAGUGACAUCUUGUUAUUUCCCUAUUGAUUUUACCCCUCCACCUAAUGAUCCCUAUGGCAUCCAGAGAGAUGAUCUCAUCCUGAGUCUCCGUGCUGUGCUGGCUUCUACACCACGUUUUGCUGAGUUCUUGCUGCCUCUGCUGAUUGAGAAAGUGGAUUCUGAGAUUUUAAGUGCCAAGCUGGAUUCUCUGCAAACUCUGAAUGCUUGCUGUGCUGUAUAUGGACAAAAGGAACUAAAGGACUUCCUCCCGAGCCUUUGGGCUUCUAUCCGCAGAGAGGUGUUCCAGACGGCAAGUGAGCGCGUAGAGGCAGAGGGCCUGGCAGCCCUCCACUCCCUGACUGCGUGUUUGUCUUGUUCUGUGCUGAGGGCUGAUGCUGAGGACCUCCUUGACUCCUUCCUCAGCACCAUUCUACAGGACUGCAGGCAUCAUCUAUGUGAACCAGAUAUGAAACUGGUGUGGCCUAGUGCCAAGCUGUUGCAGGCUGCUGCAGGUGCAUCUGCCCGGGCCUGUGAGCACAUCACCCGCAACGUGCUUCCCUUGCUCCUGGAACAGUUCCACAAGCACAGUCAGAGCAACCAGCGACGGACAAUCCUUGAAAUGCUCCUGGGUUUCUUAAAGCUACAGCAGAAAUGGAACUAUGAAGAGAAAGAUGAAAGGCCUCUGACUAGCUUCAAGGACCAGCUGUGCUCAUUGGUAUUCAUGGCUCUAACAGACCCCAGCACCCAGCUUCAGCUUGUUGGCAUCCGGACACUCACAGUUUUAGGUUCUCAGCCAGAUCUUCUGUCUUCUGGGGACUUGGAGCUGGCAGUAGGUCACCUGUACCGACUGAGCUUCCUGGAGGAAGAUUCCCAGAGUUGUCGGGUGGCAGCACUGGAGGCAUCUGGAACCCUGACCACACUCUAUCCUGGAGCCUUCAGCAGCCACCUGCUACCCAAGCUUGCUAAGGAGCUACAUAAAGGUGAGUCAGAUGUGGCUAGAGAAGAUGGCCUCAUGAAAAGUUCUCGGCAUUUCUACUGUCUGCAAGCUUUGUCAGCCAUUUCAACACAUCCCAGCAUUGUCAGGGAGACACUGCCUGUGCUGCUGCAGCAUCUCUGUCAAGCAAACAAAGGGAAUAUGGUUACAGAACCCAGUGAAAUUACUGCUAUCUGUCAAAGUCUCCAGCAAGUGGCAGAAAAAUGCCAGCAGGACCCUGAGAGCUACUGGUAUUUCCACGAGACAGCUGUACCCUGCCUGUUUGGUUUGGCUGUCCAGGCUUCCAUGCCAGAGAAGGAAUCCUCAGUUCUGAGAAGAGUACUAUUGGAGGAUGAGGUCUUGGCUGCCUUGGCAUCUGUCAUUGGAACUGCUACUACCCACCUGAGCCCUGAACUAGCUGCCCAGAGUGUCAUGUGCAUCGUGCCCCUCUUCUUAGAUGGCAACACCUCCUUUCUACCUGAGAAUAGCUUCCCAAGCCGAUUCCAGCCAUUCCAGAGUAGCUCCUCUACACAGAGACGACUGGUUGCACUGCUUACAGCUUUUGUCUGCUCCCUGCCACGAAAUGUGGAAAUCCCUCAGCUGAACCGACUGAUGCGGGAGCUUCUGGAGCAGAGCUGCUGCCACAGCUGCCCCUUUUCUUCCACUGCUGCCGCCAAGUGCUUCGCAGGACUCCUCAACAAGCACCCUCCAGGGCAGCAGUUGGAUGAAUUCCUCCAGCUUGCUAUGGACACAGUGGAGACUGGCCUGGCUUCUGGAUCUUCUCGUAAUCAGGCUUUCGCUCUGCUGCUCUGGGUAACCAAGGCUUUAGUGCUCAGAUACCAUCCUCUCAGCACCUGCCUUACCACCCGAUCUAACCCCAGUUUUUUUCCUAAGCAUCAUCUUUUUCUUUUUCCCUCAGAUGUGAAGCCAAACUAUCUAAAGGGUCUGUCUCAUGUACUCAACAGGCUGCCCAAGCCUGUGCUUUUACCAGAGCUGCCCACACUCCUUUCCUUGCUGCUGGAGGCACUGUCCUGCCCUGAUUCCGUGGUCCAGCUUUCUACUCUCAGCUGUCUCCAGCCCCUUCUACUGGAAGCACCCCAAAUCAUGAGUCUUCAUGUUGAUACUCUGGUCACCAAAUUCCUGACCCUCAGCUCCAGUCCUUCAAUGGCUGUCCGGAUUGCUGCUCUGCAGUGUAUGCAUGCCCUCACUCGCCUGCCCACUCCUGUGCUACUGCCAUACAAAUCCCAGGUGAUCCGGGCCUUAGCCAAGCCUCUGGAUGACAAGAAGAGACUUGUACGCAAGGAAGCAGUAUCUGCGAGGGGAGAAUGGUUUCUGCUGGGGAGCCCAGGUAGCUGAACCCUUGGUCCUGGCCUAGCCCCUUCUGACAAUCUAACCUGCAGGGACUAACUAUUGAGCCACCCUCCAAGGCAAGGAGACCACUGACCUGUCUUCCCCCAUGGAUGUAGUACAGAUGCUGGGUCCCUCAUGCAUGGCUGUGCAAGACAAGACACUUGAGUCCUGAUUUCUAGUGGAUUGUUGAAGAAACUGAAUGGGCCUUGUAUUUGAGGAAAAGAUGUUGGAUUUUGGAGCUCCCCUAUAUCAGGAAAAGGGAGCUGUCCUGCUGAAGGGUGAAUGCAAUUGAGUAUGACCUUGGGAGCCAGGGAUGGUGUUUUAAGUAUGUUCAUUUGCCAGAGAAUAAAAAGAUUUUUUUUUUGGUAA